AUGGCGAAGAAUACGAGCCGAUUUUCGGCAAACAGAAGGAUUCAGUAUCUUGCCAUCGUUUUUGACUCAGAAAUGAUGAAAUUGAGCAUAAUGAAAGUCAUCUCAAUGAAUUCCACGUGGGAAAAUUUACACCACUACAACCUUAAAGGUUUUGCAGCCAAUAAUCAGUUAUCUCCAAUUCAACAGUGGUAUACAUCAUGUCGGAGAAUUACACCGAUUGUUAACAGUUCUAAGUUACGGUUGAGCGAUGGUGAAAUGUUAUCACUGCCUGUACCCUCUGUGUAUUACAUAGCUUUACUUGUGGAUCCGUUUACUGUUUGUCGGCUGUCCAGAUCAUGCCGGUAUUUAUAUGACAUUGUAGCUAUGAACAUAAAGCGCCUCCCUCGUCCUUCAUUCCAUAUACGAGCAGAUGUAUUCAAAAAAGCUGAACUUGAAAAAGUUUUGUCGCAGUUAAAAUACGGUAAACUAUGUGCAAUGACAGUUGAAAUUUUUGGCGACAGUGUAACUGAAGUUGAAAGAGUUAUCGAUGAAGCCAAAAUUACAGACACGGAUGAAUAUUAUUUUAGAUGGCUUCGAAAAGGAAACGGUAAAGCUCGCCAUAGAGCUUCGUAUGUUUUGGGGCUGUUUGACUGUUUUUUUCGAUUUUUAAGUUUUGUAAGUCAAGCAACUCCUAGAUUUUUUGGUGACAGAAAUGUACUCAACAAUGAUCUUAUUGAUAAGCAAUAUAAUCUUCUUUCGCAUACGUUUAAUGGGAAACAUAUCGAUUUAGUGACUAUUCGAGGUGUUCCGAAUACAAUUCAGAAUGUUCUUGCCAUAUUCCUUAAAUUUUUUAUGUCGUCUGACGAAAGGUUACAAAAACGGCGAUCUGCGCGGAUAUCCUUCUCAACAGAAACGACAGUUGCUGCAAUGGAUCGUGAGCUACACGACUUCCUAAAUUGGCUAGGUUUGCAUAAUGUAAUUGAGGAAGACUUGAGUAUACUCUACUAUACGCGUAAAAUUACUUUUGUUUCUCACGCCAAGUAUCGUCUUUGCAUUUUGGUAGUUUGUCCUUUACAGGGGAUUUUCCUGGUUUCUCUAUCUUGUAAUGGAGUGAAUGAAACUUAG